AAGAGCUUAAACCUACGCACCCCUCACCUUCUUCACAAACAUAAAACACAUGGAAGGAAAGCUUUACAAUGUCAGAGUCAAAGUUCGUAAUGUUGAUGAGCGACACUUAGAAGGGACCUCUUGUAUGUCAAUACGUGUCUUUUAAUUCUCUCAUAAAAACAAAUCACUCUCUUGGAUUUCAAAAUAAUCCAUUUUGAUAUUUUCUUCUUCUUCUUGUUUUUUUUACUAUAAACAAUGACUUGCUGCGCCAUUUAAAAUUAAAUUCAGUUGCUUGGUUUGAAGACUUUUUGGACCAAACGGGAAGGGUUGGGUUGGUUUGAGGUUUGCCUUGUUAUUUUGUAGCAGCUCCUUGCUCUUUUUGACGCGUGGUCUUCUCGCUUUGAAACAAUCUUUCUCUCAAUUUUCUAAUCUGGGUCUGCUUUCUUAUCUCCACCUGAAGCUAUAUUUUUUUUCAUUUUGGGUUUCUUGUCUCUCUCUCUCUCUCUCUGCUGGAGAUAUUUUGUGCUUCAUUUCUUGUUUGGUGAGUUGGGUUGGGAUGGAGGAGAGGUAUGAGGCAAUGAAGGAUCUUGGUUCUGGGAAUUUUGGAGUGGCAAGGCUGGUCAGAGAUAAGAAGACCAAGGAGCUUGUUGCAGUCAAAUACAUAGAAAGGGGAAAGAAGAUUGAUGAGAAUGUUCAGAGGGAAAUCAUAAAUCACAGGUCCCUGAGGCAUCCAAAUAUUGUCAGGUUCAAAGAGGUCUUGCUGACUCCAAGUCAUUUAGCUAUUGUCAUGGAAUAUGCAGCUGGUGGUGAACUUUUUGAGAGGAUCUGCAGUGCUGGUAGAUUUAGCGAAGAUGAGGCAAGAUUUUUCUUCCAGCAGCUGAUAUCUGGAGUCAGCUACUGUCAUUCCAUGGAAAUUUGUCACAGGGAUCUGAAACUGGAAAAUACACUCUUAGAUGGAAGUGCAACACCACGUCUUAAAAUUUGCGACUUUGGAUACUCCAAGUCUGCUCUGUUGCACUCACAACCAAAAUCAACAGUUGGAACGCCUGCAUACAUUGCUCCAGAGGUUCUAUCACGGAAGGAAUAUGACGGAAAGAUUGCGGAUGUUUGGUCCUGUGGUGUGACGCUAUACGUGAUGUUGGUAGGAGCAUAUCCUUUUGAGGAUCCUGAAGAUCCUAGAAAUUUUCGUAAGACCAUCGAGAGAAUUAUGAGUGUUCAGUACUCCAUACCCGACUAUGUACGUGUUUCUGCAGGCUGCAAGCAGCUACUUUCUCGUAUUUUUGUUGCCAACCCUUCCAAGAGGAUCACUCUUCCUGAGAUAAAACAGCACCCUUGGUUUCUGAAAAAUCUGCCAAAAGAGCUCAUUGAGGCUGAGAAAACAAACUAUGCGGCAGUGGAGCGAGACCAACUACAGAGAAUUGAAGAAAUAAAUAGGAUCAUAGAUGAGGCAAGGACACCAGGGCAAGGAUCCAAAGCAGGCGGCCUAGCUGUUGCCGGGCCAUCCGACUCUGAUGAUGUAGAGGCUGAUUUGGACUCCGAAGUCGAUGUCAGUGGUGACUUUGCAGUCCCUCCAUAAGCAUUUGGAGUUUGUUUACACAAAGCAGUACUUUGUUUACACAAAGCAGUACUUUGUUUGAACAUUUAUGAUGUUGUUCACAUUGUAUGGUAGACUUUAUGCUAUACACAUUUGUACAAAUAAUUUGACCAUAUUGAUCUGGGGAUUGAGGUAUUUUUACAUUGUAUCUAGAUUGUACCGGAACAUGUUUUGAUCCUUAAUGUGAUUUUUUAUGUACUUCAAGUACUUAACUGCA